ACGAAGCUCCGCGAGGUCCUCGGUUCUCACCGCCCUCCCCCCUCCACCCGAGCUGGCCCAAGAUGGCGACGCAGGCGAGCGGCUGGCGGCGGUACCGAAGGCCGCGGAAGCUGGGCCACGUCCUGUGAGGACCCCUGGAGCAGUGGCCUGAAGCCAGGGAGGGAGCCGAGGCGUGCACUAGCCUGCGACUGUCUCGAGCCGAGCUUCAGAGAGCUAGGAGCCCGACAGACCGUCCUGCUCCCUCCUCCGCCCCCUCCCCCGGCCUUUAGGAGGGAGCCAGCUGGGGGCUCUGCCCAGGGGUAAGGGGACGGAGAGAGGCCACCCGCCCGGAGCUCUCCUCUCUCCCCCCCUCCCCGGGCAUGGUACCCCCCGCGCCUGCCCGGAGCUUGCCCCUCCGUGACUGAGGACACCAGGGGAGCUCUCUGAAUCCUCCGGGACCGCUGUAGGGAGGGAGGCGCGGAGCUGGGGAGGGGAGGAAGAUGUUUUCCGCUCUUAAAAAGCUGGUGGGGUCGGACCAGGCUCCCGGCCGGGACAAGAACAUCCCCGCGGGACUGCAGUCCAUGAACCAGGCGCUGCAGAGGAGGUUCGCCAAAGGAGUGCAGUACAACAUGAAAAUAGUGAUCCGAGGAGACAGAAACACAGGAAAAACUACCCUCUGGCACAGACUCCAAGGGAAGAAGUUUGUGGAAGAAUAUAUACCUACACAAGAAAUACAAGUCACCAGUAUCCACUGGAAUUAUAAAACCACUGAUGACAUUGUAAAGGUUGAAGUCUGGGAUGUAGUUGACAAGGGGCAAAAAUUUCUCCUCUGUGAUUCUUUAGGAAAGUGCAAAAAACGAGGAGAUGGUUUGAAACUGGAAAAUGAUCCUCAGGAGGCAGAAUCAGAGAUGGCUCUGGAUGCUGAGUUCCUGGAUGUAUAUAAGAACUGUAAUGGGGUAGUCAUGAUGUUCGAUAUCACAAAGCAAUGGACCUUCAACUACAUACUUCGGGAACUUCCCAAAGUGCCGACCCAUGUCCCCGUGUGUGUGCUGGGGAACUACAGAGACAUGGGGGAACACCGAGUCAUCCUGCCAGAUGAUGUGCGGGAGUUUAUUGAUAACCUCAACAGACCCCCAGGUUCCUCUUACUUUCGAUAUGCUGAAUCUUCCAUGAAGAACAGCUUUGGCUUAAAGUACCUGCAUAAAUUCUUCAAUAUUCCAUUCUUACAGCUGCAGAGAGAGACGUUGCUACGGCAGCUAGAGACUAAUCAGCUAGACAUCGAUGCCACAUUGGAAGAGCUGUCAGUGCAGCAAGAGACUGAGGACCAAAACUACGAAAUAUUUCUGGAAAUGAUGGAAGCAAGAAGUCGAGGGCAUGCAUCUCCAUUAACAGCUAAUGGACAGAGUCCAUCCUCUGGUUCCCAGUCACCCAUUGUGCCUCCUAGCACAACAUCCACAGGAAGCUCCAGUCCCAGCACACCUCAGCCAGCCCCUCAACAGCUUCUUCCAAAUUCUGCUACCUGCCCCUCCCUUCCACCUUCCAUGUCCCCUGUGCCCCCACCAGAGGCACAAACCCAGGCAGCUUCCCCAGCUACUGUUGCCACCUCCCCAGGCCCACCAGCCCCAGCACCGCCCCAGCCUCAGCCCCAGCGUCGAAGCAUCAUUUCAAGACUUUUUGGAACUUCACCAGCUUCAGAGGCUACACCUUCACCUCCUGAGCCUGCCCACUCUGUAGAAGCACCAGCAAAAGUCCAGAGUGUUGAAGAUUUUGUUCCUGAAGACAGUCUGGAUAGGAGCUUCCUAGAAGAUACAAAUCUGAAGGACGAGAAGAAAACCAGAACAAAGGUUGAGCAUGAAAGUGACAGUGAUGGGGAAGCCACUGAGGGAAACCCCAUGGUAGCUGGGUUCCAAGAUGACCUGGACCUAGAAGACAAGCCGUCCUGCAAGUCCUCCUUGCCAGGAGGUCCCAUCCCAAGUAGAAACAUCACGCUCUCCAGUGAGGAUGAAGCUGAUGAGGUGUCAGAUUGUCCUCAAGUCAUCAGUCUGACGACCCAAGAGAAUUUGGAACCUGAGACAAAAUGGUCUUCCAGAAAUUCCUUGAAGCCACAAAGUGAAGCAGCUUCCACCAAAGCCACUGACCCCAAACUUCAAGUUAGUUUACCCACUAGUUCAGGACCCGAGAAGUGCAGUAACACUAAACCUACUUCUGAAGCCCUGCUUGAUGCUGAAGCCCCAUCCCAGCCACUCAAAACAGUUUCUCGGAACAAGGAUUCCACUUCUAAAUUCAGAGAGGUGAAAGAUGAGAAACGAGAGUCCUCAGAGAGUGAUCCAGAAGGACCCAUUGCUGCUCAGAUGCUGUCCUUUGUCAUGGAUGAUCCUGAUUUUGAGAGUGAAGAGUCUGACACUCAGAAGAAAGCGGAAGAGUUUCCAGUGAGAGAGGACCUCUCAGAUGUUACAGAUGAAGACAUGCCCACUGCAAAGCUCCCCCAGCCCAUUAAGCCUACAAUUCACUCCUUUAAAAUGAAAAAUGACUCUGACCUCUUUGGUUUGGGCCUGGAAGAGACUGGGACUAAAGAAAGCAGUGACGAAGAUAAGGAAAGUAAACUCCCCUCUAAGGAGAAGAAGAAAAAGAAGAAGAAAAUCAAAGAGGAGGAGGAAAAAGCUGCAAAAAAGAAAAGCAAGCACAAAAAAGCCAAGGACAAGGAAGAAGGAAAGGAUGAAAAGAAGAGGAAGAAGAAGCGGAGCAAGGACAAGACUGAGGAGAUUGAUGAACUGGAAGCCUUCCUUGGGGGUGGGGCCAUAGCCCCCAAACAACACGGGGGUGGAGACUAUGAGGAGCUCUAGGCCCUGGGGUGCAUGGGAACCCACAGACCUGUCAUUCAUCUCUGCUUCUGAGCCUUGGCAGGAUGGGGGCUGCCAGGUGGGACCUGGGCUGGGUCUGCCAAAUGCCCCUCAGAGGCCAUGAAGGUAGGGGGAUGGGGAAUUCAGUGUGUGUCCUGGUAAAGACAUUCCAGUGUGAAAGGACCAGUACCCAAUCAGGUGGGAAACUUUCAGGUAUAAAGCUUGGGUGAGGGGCUGGGAAAACAAAACUUAGUUCUGACCCACCCCUUUCUUCAAUAAGCCCAGUGCAAGGGGGAGAGGGGCACAGCUCUCCAUCAUCCCUGCCCACCCUUCCCAUUCAUUGCUAUUUACAGGAUACUCCAAUUCUGACUGCUAAAGAAAUAGCAGCUCUCAGUCUAACCAGUUGUUCUCUUAAUCUUGGGAGGAAUCAGAAAUUUCAGCUCUAUUUUUCAUAACUUUUUUUUUCCUUAAUGAAAGAUACCUUUACCCUGUAGUAGUCAGUAUAAGAAAAUCUAAGACAGAGAUGGUAAGGGAAAUUUUGCUGAGCUACCUGCCAUUCUGGGACAGCAGAGGCCCAGCACAAGUUUACUAAGUGUUCCAGCUGUACCUUUCUCCAUCCCCCAUCCCCCAUAGCUCCAGAAAUCCAUGGUGUUUAGGAGCUGAUAGUAUCUGCUCUACAGGCAAGGGCACAAGAGAGAUAUGGGUCCAGGUGGUGAAAGGGGAAUGGUGGUAGAAUGCAAGUGUCUUUUACAUUAAUAAACCAUUCAUCCACCUUGGCCAGGUUCAUGGCCCAGAUUCCUUUGCCCUAUUGCCCCAGUAACCCUACAGUACUUCUCAGGGACGUGACAAAAGCCUUUUGAGGCACUUGCAGGAAUCCCAGCCUGUUUACAUAGGAGGGGGGUAGGGGAUUUUGGAGCAGAGGAGCUGUGGAAGCAAGGAACCACUUGAGUUUUUCAGGCUUCCAGAAGCAUUCCAGAUAUAGUUCUUGUCUCCUGGUUGUCCCUAUUUUUUGGCAUAUUACAGGCCCCUAUCUCUACCUAAACCCAUGGUCUCCUCUUGUGCUCUGCAUUCCCUCACCUUAGAGUAAAAGGACAUUCCUAGAUACCAUGACAUGUACAGGAACCAGCCCAUUCCAGAGUAUUGGUGAUAAGGGUAAGGGGUUCUCCACCCUUCCACAAUGUUCUAGAACCCCAGUCCAAGGUUCAGUGUUUCUCCUAGCACCCCAUUCUCCAAAAAAUUGCAAAUUUACCCUUUCCUAUUCCAAAGACCAGGAUCUGUUCUACUUGGCCAGAGGAAAUUAUAAUGAAUCACAGCUGCUUCUCUCCAGCCUAGCCCUGCCCAUUUUCUUCCAGGCUCCAUUAUCUUCAGAGUGGCUGAUCUGUGUGUACUGGACAAGGGAAUGGGGUCUUGGAUAGCAAUACUUCUUGGAAGGCAGUUUCUUUUUCCAAAUCUGAUCUCAGAAUCAUAGCCUCAGCUAUGGCCAGAAAGAGGGAAUUAUCAGCAUUUGGGCUCAGAGAGGAAAUACCACAGGGAAGCAGGGGUGUAAAAAUACUUGUGUUUUUUUAAAGGUUUGUUCCCAUCAUGUUCUGUUGGAUGCUCCACUCUGACCAUAAAGCGCUCUUUUACUGC